UACUUCAUUUUAUUGUAAAAAAAAUAUUUUAAUCAGUUCAAACACCUUGUAUAUAAUUUUGUUCUUCACAUUGAUGACAUUUCUCAUUUUUAUAAAGAAUGAUUUUUCUUCAAAAAAAAAUUUGUGUUUCUCUUGUCUACAUUGCAGGACAUAUUGUAUAGUAUUCCAAUAAUAUAUUCCUACUCUUGUGAUAAAUGUAUUUUCUAUACUUUUCUAUUUCACUAGAUUUUUCUAAUUGAAAGUUAUGGUGGCUUGGUUUUCCUGAACUGGAUCUAACGUAAAAGAUUAUUUGCUAUCAUCAGACGUGUCUAUUGCCAUGUGAUAGUGACAUAUUUCUCUGAAUAUUAUAUCUGGAAAACUCUAUAACCUCAAGAGUUUAUUGAGCUUCAAAUUUAUUGAUUUUAUAAAUGCGAUUCAUAACUCAAGCCAGACAAUUUUCAGUGAAAACCUAUCGUUCCAGAAAAGGCCUCCACAAUACAGGUGUUCUCAUGAAUGGAACUAACUAGGGAGCUACCUUCUGAUCAAUUCUCCAGAACAAUGAAUUAAAACGUUUGAUUAAGUCUGAAUUUAAAAAAUAUAAAAAUAAAACAGAAAUAUUCUUAAUAAAAUCAUGCUUUUGUAUGAUCUACAAACAUAUUAGGUUGAUAUUGAUAUUAUGUUAUUACGUUGAUGUAUAUUGUAUAUUUCUAAAAUUGUGAUAAUUGUGUAUCUAAUUUUGUGAAGUUUAUUUUUACUGACAUCUAAUGGUUGGAGAUUAUUUUUGUUUUUCAACAACAGUGAUCAGAAUGGUUGUGGAUCUGCCAGUUAGAUCUUUCCACCCAAUAAAAAUGCAACCCACUGGUAUGAACCCGAAGGAAUUGUCUGACAAUGAUGAUAUCGCUACAUCACUGGUACUGGAUCCUCAUCUGGGGUUCACAAGCCACAAAAUGAAUGUUCGAUUCAAGCCACCAAGAGCAAACAAUGCCGAACUGAAAAAUAUUAUAGAAGAAUUCAUCGUCAAUCAAAAUUAUGAGAAAGCAUUUGCAAAGAUACAGAAAGGAGAUUGGAUGACUAGGGUCAAAUCGAAAAAUCAGCAGAAAAAAUUAGAAGAACACAUUUAUCGAUACCUGCGAGUAUUCGAUAGGGAGUCUGGUUUUGUCAUAGAGCCCUGCUACAGGUACUCAUUGGAGGGUCAGAAGGGCGCGAAGAUAUCGGCCACUAGGAAGUGGUACAAAAAUGAAAAGAUCGAACGUUUAGUGGGCUGCAUAGCAGAAUUAACGGAAGAGGAGGAAAAGCAGUUGUUACACUCCGGUAAAAAUGAUUUUUCAGUUAUGUACAGCUGUCGAAAGAAUUGCGCCCAGUUAUGGCUGGGCCCAGCAGCAUACAUAAACCACGAUUGUCGUUCCAACUGUAAGUUUGUUGCAACCGGCAGAGACACGGCCUGUGUGAAAGUGCUGAGGGACAUUGAAGUGGGGGAAGAAAUAACCUGUUUCUAUGGUGAAGACUUUUUCGGGGAUAAAAACUGCUAUUGUGAGUGUGAAACGUGCGAGAGAAGGAAUAUGGGGGCUUUCGCGAAAGAGACGGAUCAGAAAGAAGAAAACGGCUACAAACUGCGUGAGACUGAUAACCGUAUAAACAGAACUAAAUGCAAUCUACAGGGUAGCAAAGUUUCGAACAAUUGCCACGAGCGCUUACAAGAAAACGGAAAGGUGGCUACACCUCUCAGCAUCAAGGAGAUGCGCCAGAAAGGUCUAACCAAAUAUGAUGCCGAAAUGCUCAUUGCGCAGGGCUGUAAGUUUUCCGACCUCGGCGACUUUGGGCGCAACAAAGUUUCUUCCACAGUUAAACAGACUAAAAAGUGUAACAGAAGUAAAAAAUAUGUGAUAAGGGAAGACACUACGCUUAGGACAGUCAGUACCAGGUCUUCUAGGAUGCAGCAGAGGCAAGCUCGGCAGGCUAAUCAGGAAUUGAUGCAUGCAGCGACGCGACUUGUCUCGCGUUCAAAUCUCUUGGACGAUUUGCAGAGCAACGCCAGCAGUUGUCCAAGUACUUUCAGCGAUACAGAUCCCGUUUGUGAGGCAUCGCAGCAAGAUAAGAGGUUUGAUGAGAAUCAUGAGACUGGAAAUGGUAUACCUCCUAAAGACUCAACUGAAGAAAACGCCAAAACAACACCGGGCAUAAAAUUACGAAACCACAAGAGACUAAAUGAUCCAAGCAUAGAUUCAACGACACUGCCAGAAGAAUCUCCACUCGAUGACUCGAAACACAUAACACAAGUUGACUGCAAUCAAAAUGGUAUGACAGAAUUAAAAAUGGAUUUCGACAUGUCCCAUAUUGAGGACCCAGCUCUGAUGAAGGCGGACAUGAUGAGUCGCCGAAAAACCAGAAAUUCAAAUCGAUCCACUACCCCUAUCGAAGGGGCAAAUUGUGAUGAUAAACGGGUCGAGGAGGUGAAAUUAGAGAUCAAAGCUGAUGCAAAGCUUGAGGGAGAAGUUGAAAUGAAACCUGAGGGCAGAGUUGAUGUAAAUCCCGAGGGCAAGUGCAAAGGCGAGGAUCCUUUUAUAGACGAUAGGAAAUGUGACGUAUAUGAGUUCAACGAAGAGGACACUUUGGAUACAGUAACGUUACGUAAAAGCAAACCUGCUCAGGAACCUGAUAUCGACCCAACGAUCGUCGCGAGAGUAAAGUCUGAAGAGGAAACGGAAACUGCCAGCCGCCCCGUCGAUGCUGUGAAAGAACAAGACUCACCAAAGUGUGUUCAAGUGGAUGAGAAGACCCCCGAGAAGUGCCCCGGCGGGCGACUCAAGCUGACGCUGCGUAUGAAGCGCAGUCCCGUUAUGGAUGAGAUAAUUGAGUCAGGGGGCAGCCACAGCGAUGACUAUUUUGAGCCCGAGUACGAAGUUCUUCGAGUGGAAGGUGUCGAAAACACUGCCUUCUCGCACCGCAAGAAGCGGCACAAAUCGAAGGAUAGGAGGCGAGAGAAGAGGCUAAGGCUCGCCGAGGCUGAACUACCGCAGAUCCCUAUGAAGCGACUGCGGCUCAAGUUUGGAAACGAAAGUCACACAAUAGACAUACCGUCCACUAGCGCAGAUUGUCACACAUGAUGGAGGUUUGUUAUAUGUUUCUCUUGUUUUUCGAUUUGAAAAUGUACGGCGAGUUGCUCGGGGUGGAGGCGUUUCAACAAGGAGCGUGAAGGAGAGGCAAAAGUAUGUGUUGAAGGGUGUGAAAGAAUGCUGGAGAAUGAGAAGAAGAAGUAGUGUAUGGUACUGAAUUAUUAUUGGCAUUUAUGGCUUUUCAUUAUCCUGAAAACUUUUUGAAAUAAAUUUAUUAUGAAGGGCAGAUUACUUAAUUUGUACAAAAAUAUUACUGCGUUUGAAUAAAAUUCAGAGAGGAUUUUUCCAACUUGUCACUUACACUAUUUAUAAAAUUUUUCUAUUUACUUGAAAAAAACAAUAAUAUAUAACACUUUUCAUGCCAUAAAUGCCAGGAAUAACUCGUGUCUCACCCCAAAUAUCAUUCAGACAAUAUUAACUGGUACUGAAGGUAAUGGUUUGAGUUCCUUGGUACAAUUGGAUGUUUCGCCCACAAUUGCGGUGGGCAUCUUCAACGGCGAUAUUGGCUAGGUUUUUUGGAGGAAUUUCUAGAUGGGGGCGGGUCGACUGAGCAUUCAUUGGCAGACUGGUUUUUGGCAAUGUGAUCUUUCUUGUUCCAACCAACCAACCUGUCCCAUUACCUAAUCACAUCAUGAAAAACCAGUCUGCUAAUCACAGCACAGCAACUAACUUGCUGUACUAUAAUUCCAAAACAGUUGGCUCUGAAUUCUCAGUGGCAUACCGAAAUUGAACUAAACAGGUGUGGAAAAAUGAUGAUGAAAUAUCGUUGACAAUGAUGUUUUUUUUAAUCCAAUAAUAUUUCUGAGAAUUUAGUGCCUACCAUUAUGGAAUUGCACUAUAGUUAAUCAAAGCACAGCAGUUAACUAGCAUCCCAUUGUAAAAUCUUUCGCAAACAACCAUUACCAUGUUGCUGCUAAAAAUCCCCACAGUAGUUAAGGACGGAACGUCGAAUUAUAUCAGAUUUUCGGAGAUGACUCAACGAAAACACUACUUCUUCGUGACAGUCGGUGAAAUGUUAUGAUGCUUGAUCGAGCUUUCAGGAAAGGAUGAUUUUUGGAGGCCUGCACUAUGUUCUGCGGAAGCAUAGAAGAACUGCUUAUUUUAUAUCAAAAUAUUCACUAUAAUGACUUUAGGAAAUUAAUUUUUUUUUUUUCAUUUAGUUACUAAAUUGAGACAGAUGUCGAAAUGACACUUUAAAUUCGAAAUUUCAACUUCAAACUUGAAUUCUAAAUUUAAAUCUGAAAUUUCGGGUUUCAACUUAAUAUUUUGAUUAAAUGUAAAAAUUACGAAAUUCAGAAAAAUCUAAAUAUACUUAUAAUCUCCGAAAUGUAUAAAGAUAUGACAAAUUAUUCAAUGACAUGUUUUGUUCAUUUUCACAAGUACUUCAAGUCUAUGUUUUUUUUUUCUGAUUGAUUC